AGUCGACUCGACACUAAACGUAUCUAAUCUACCUUUGUGAUGUUUUGAGGUAAGCGCGAACGGGUUAGCUCGCGCCCCAACAGGGGAGGGGCUUCGGCGAGACAGGCAGGAUACCGAAGCCACUGUAUGUUUAGGCGAGACGAGUGAAGCUCGUGGAAAAACGGAUGAGAGGUGCGACGCUCGAUGUAGCGGACUAUCACUAAACACCGGGAGUCUCGAAAAGUUGUCUGAAGGCGACCGAGGAGCGUGUAGCUUUAGGAAUUUCAGUCUUUGGAAAGACGACAACAGCCUAUUAAUAAACAAUGUUUGUUUAUUUAAUCAUUUACUAAUAACAUGAUAAGAAGCCGACGAGUAGCGCGCUAGGCAAAUGUAAACAAAUGAAUGGAGAUGCGUUAUACCUCCGGUUUGGUGUUGUCAAAUUGACUUGUUUAUUCAAGUGAUUUGUUUAUUCGUGGUAUAUUUAAUAGUUAGCUUUACAUUUAGGCAUUUCUUUAUUACUAAGGCGUUAAUAUGGCAGAGCACGAAAGUUUGGAGUUCGGAAAGGCGGACUUUGUUCUUCUGGACAAUGUGUCUUCGGAAGAGUUUAUGGGCAACCUCAAACUCAGGUUUGAAAAGGGUCGUAUCUACACUUACAUCGGAGAAGUGGUAGUGUCAGUUAACCCUUACCGUCCCAUGAACAUUUACGGACGGGACACCAUCGAGCAGUACAAAGGCAGAGAAUUGUACGAGCGACCGCCACAUCUUUUUGCCAUCGCUGAUGCUGCAUAUAAAGCCAUGAAGAGGAGGAACAAAGAUACUUGCAUUGUUAUCUCAGGGGAGAGCGGAGCUGGAAAAACGGAGGCUAGUAAAUAUAUUAUGCAAUAUAUUGCUGCUAUCACCAAUCCCAACCAAAGAGCAGAGGUGGAGAGGGUAAAAAACAUGCUGCUGAAGUCCAACUGCAUCCUGGAGGCUUUUGGGAAUGCCAAGACAAACCGCAAUGAUAACUCCAGUCGGUUCGGCAAGUACAUGGAUAUCAACUUUGAUUUUAAGGGAGACCCCAUUGGUGGCCAUAUCAACAACUACCUGCUUGAGAAGGUAAGAGGGGUGAAGAGGAGACCAUAA